AUGAGGCUGGCCAUCGUCCUCCUCACGGCUAGUCUGGCCGUCUCUGCGCACGCCUUUUCAUGCUUCUCAUGCAAGAGCUCUUCGGCCAUCAAGGGCGGUGUCUUGAUCAAAAACCUCGACUUGCCGUGCGCAAAGUUCAACGGCAGCUCGGAGUACAAGCAGACCUGCCCCGAGGGCUUCUUCGGCUGCGUGAAGAUCACCGACCCGGAGGACUCGACAAACGUCGCGCGCGGCUGCGUCCAGGAGGCUGAGAUGGGCUGCAAGGAGGGCGACCCCAACUGCUACUGCGCCGUCGACCUGUGCAACGACUCGGAGCGCGGCUGGCCGUCGGCCGCGCUGCUGCUCUCGGCCGUCAUCGCAGCGCUCCUGGGAGGACGCUAG